UUCAAUUUCAAAACUACAGGGACUUGUAAAUAGGGAAUUUCCCUGACUUUGGUCCCAACAUGGAGGAUAGCUGUUCCAGUUCUAGAGGCAUUUUGGCCAGUAUAGAGAAUGUGGACGUAAACAAAGUGAGACCAAAACGACCAAUCGAGGAUGUGAGUGGGUACGAGUGGCACAACCCUCGUCUGGAGCUGGACGAGAGGAGGAAGGUUGCCGAGCAACGGAGGGACGAACUAUUACACCACUUGUACCAAGAGGGUCUUCCCACAGCUGAGGCGGAGGCGUUAGUGAGAGAGUGGCUGGUACUGCUGACAGAGAGGGACAGGUUGCUACGGGAACAUCUGAACCAGGAGAACGGAUGUGACAAGUCCUCGUACGUACGAGAGUUGAAGCACCUGUUACGAGCCCACCCCUCCUUUGCCGAGAGUGAGGAAGUGGGGCUACGAGAGGCACUACUCACACUACGCACUCAAGUCACCACCUACUGUACUCGGCACAACAUAACCUCCCCCAUCGCAGGGUCAAAGGUUGCCUCAAUCGAAGCUGAUGUUGAAGCUAAUGUUGAAGCACCAUCGCCAUUGGAGACAGGUGAUACGCCCAUACAAAAACCUGUCGAUCUGGAUCACCAAACUGGUCAAUCCCGUAUUACCACUCGGCGAUCUCGACACUCGACCGAGGGAGCAGCAUACUGUCCCUUGGAACACCCCCGUCCCACCACCCCACAUCCACCACUACCCGCUAAACCUAAGAACCUUGGAGACAAACUUACCCACCUCAGCCCUCGUAAGGAACUGAUCGCAAGCCCUGAUAAGAGCAGACAAGCUCCUUCUAUUAAAACCCGACCAGUGGAUGUGGUUGCACUUGAUGACGAUCUGAUAGACGGUGGUGGAUCUCCGGAGAAAAUUCCAUCAAAAACUGUUACCAAAGAUGUAUUUGAUUUGAGAAAAACAACUAUUCGUACUAAUGAAAAACACGCUACUACUGACACAGGGUCACACGCUAUUACUGACACAGGGUCACAUUCCACACCUCCCUUGCCCCCUCCACUUCCCCCACAGCUCACAGUCACAAGGCACACAGCUACCGGCACGGGGCAGUUUGUUGGACCACAACAGGCCACACUCACUGAUGGGAAGUCCCUUAAAAACGAGGUCUCACCCAUUGAGGGGAAACCCCUUGAUAACGAUCCCACUAACGAGGCACAGGAUCCGUCAUUGGAACUCCCCGCGAGUGAAGAAAGAAGUUUGCUGCUGAACGAAAUAUCAUCCCUUGGGCAGACAAUUCUGAGACGCACCAAUCGCAAUCGAUCCCCUGGAGGCACUCCCAUACGAGCUAACAAGAACAGACUAACGCUCACCGGAAAUACUGACAUGCUACAGCGAGCACUCAUUUCGAAAUUUCGCAGUUUCCACUCGACUCCAAUUAAUAAUAAGGGGGACAAAAUUGACUCUAUGGAAGUAUCAAAUGCUUGGUCGGAUUUAAACGGGAGUGUUGUGUAUGAUGACCCAGAUAUAACCGCCACCUCCAACUCUCCAAUCGGAUUCUCCGAUUGCUCGCGGCUAGAUCCUAAUCUGUCCUCCGCUGUGUAGCUAUAGCAACACAACUAUUGUAGGACUACACUGUGUGUGAUAUUUUAUAUAUAUAUAUAUCUUCAUAAUUGUAUAAUUGCAUUAAUUAUAGCAUCACGGUUUGUUUGUCUUUAAAUGUUCAGUCCAUUCUUUAUUAUUAGCAGAAAUGUUCAG